CCUCCGAAUUUCGGAACACCAGCGUAGUUAGUUAACGGUCUUCUCGAGUCUUUGAGUCAUACAAACACCACUAUCCACGGACUUGCUUCGGGGGUUGCAACUCCAAGACGGACUCCUUCAACCCCCGGUCAAACCUACGUCUACUUGAUCAACUCAUACACACCGGUCCUAGCCAGCAGAAUGCCAUUCCUGGAAUCCCAACCCAAGAUUAUCAUAGCCGGAGCGGGCAUCGGUGGCCUGACGACGGCACUGUCCCUCCACGCCGCCGGUUUCACGAACAUCCACCUCUUCGAGGCCUCGUCACAACUCACCACGCUCGGUGUCGGGAUCAACGUCCAGCCUUCGGCCGUGCUCAUUCUCCGCAAUCUCGGCUUGCUCGAGGCCCUCGAGAAAACCGGCAUCAAGACCCAGGAGUUGAACUUCUACAACCGCCACGGGCACCCGAUCCUCAGCGAGCCGAGGGGCCUCAAAGCCGGCUAUGCAGUUCCGCAACUGAGCAUCCACCGCGGCGAGUGCCAGAUGCUCCUCCUGAGCGCCGUCAAGGAGCGGCUGGGAGAGAACGCGAUCAACCUGAACCACGCCCUAACGGGCUUCUCCCAGGACUCGAAGAGCAUCACGGCCGAGUUCUCGCGACGCCGGGACGGCGCGCCGGCGGAGCAGUCCAGCGUGACGGGCGACAUCCUCAUCGCCGCCGAUGGGAUCAACUCGACCGCGCGGCGGAUUCUAUACCCGGACGAGGGCCCCCCGCGCUUCUCCGGCCGCAUGCUCUGGCGCGGAUGCCUCGAGCGCGCGCCGUACCUUACCGGCGCGUCCAUGGUGUGGGCCGGCCACGCCGACCAAAAGUUCAUCGCGUACCCGAUCAGCCAGCGGGCGGCGGACGGCGGCAAGAGCCUCGUGAACUGGAUCGCCGAGCUGCGCAUCCGGGACAAGGACGACGAGGACCUGACACCCCCGCGGACGGACUGGUCCAAGGCGGUCGACAAGUCCGUGUUCGAAAGCCGGUUCCGCGGGUGGCGGUGCGGUGGUCUCGACGUCAAGGACCUCGUCGACAAGACGGACAAGGUGUUUGAGUUCCCGAUGAGCGACCGGGAUCCGGUCGAGCGUUGGAGUUUCGGGCGGCUCACACUCCUUGGCGACGCCGCGCACGCCAUGUACCCGAUCGGCUCCAACGGCGCGUCGCAAGCCAUUAUCGACGCGGAGACGCUGGUCAGGCUGCUCAGUGAGAGCCCGGACGACGUGGAAGGGGUGCUGAAGGCGUACGAGGCCGAGAGAUUGCCGGCCACGGCCAAGAUCAUCUUCGCUAACAGGGGGAACGGGCCGGAUCACGUGCUGCAGGUGUGUGAGGAGAGGGCGCCGGACGGCUUCCGGAAUGUGUACGACGUCGUUCCGAAGGACGAGCUUGAGGACAUCGGCAGGGUGUACAAGAAGGUGGCCGGGUUCGAGAUGGAGAGCGUGAACGCCAAGGCCAAGGAGACGGAGGGUGCCAGUGAGAGACUGCGGCUGAAAAGCCCGAAGGAUUGGAUUUGAAUAGUGUCAGCUUUCCAGCUUUUUUGGCGCCGAGUUAAAGUAAAUAGGAGACAGGCACUGGCGGAUGACCAUGAUGUGGCCAAAUGGGGGUUUUCCAAUAGCUGUUAGCUGACGAUUGCAACGGAGUUGGGUAAGAUACUUGCUGGUACUUUUCAUAUUGUAACAUGGCCUGAGUAAGGAUUUUACAUCACGUCAAGACCGCCACUCUCUCCAGAUAGAACCAGAGAUAAUUAGCAACUUGACGAGUUCAAACGAAGGAGGCAGGUAUUGGACUGUGAAGAUCAAGAGCAUAUUGCCGCCAACUCAAACACCACAAAA